AUGCCUGGACUACUCCUUACCCCAGAGACAGAGUUCAAGACUCUGAAGUUCAAGAAGCUUCAUCCAACGUUUGCGGCCGAGAUCGAAGGUGUGGACUUUUCGAAGCCGAUUCCAGAGGACGUGUUCAAAGAAAUUCUCGCGGCUUCAGCGAAGUAUGGUGUGAUCGUCUUUCGGAAGACCGGCCUGGAUGAUGCAGGACACGUGGAAUUCUCACGCCGUUUCGGUGAGUUGGACGACAUUCGACCGUACAUGACGAAUGGGAGAAAGCCACGCUACGAAUUCUACGAGCUCUUCGAUGCAGGGAACAUCGAUGCCGACACGAACACAGUCUUGAGCCCGGAGAGCGCGCGUGCGCAGUACAACAAGGGAAAUGCUCUGUUCCAUGUUGACUCAUCGUUUAAUCCCCGCCGAGCGUCAUAUUCGAUUUUGAAAGCUCAUGAGCUGCCGCCACCGAACACAGGGGGGAACACAGGCUUCGCUGACAGUAGGACCGCCUUUGAAGAGCUUGAUCCUGAACUGAAGGCCAAACUUCUCGAGCACGACUAUAUUGGAGCACAUUCGCUCUAUUCGUCGCGCAAAAAGGCUGCACCUGAAUUUUUCAAAGACCUCGAUGUGACAAAGUACCCAAUGCACAAGCACCGCAUCGUGCAAAAGCAUGAGCCUUCGGGUAGAAUGAACCUAUAUGUCGCUGCCCAUAUGGAUCACGUGGUAGAUGUGCCGUCAGAAGAGUCCACAGAACUGAUGGAGAAGCUCAUGCGCCAUGUAACUCAGGACAAAUACACGUUAAGCGUACCUUGGAAUGACCCAGGGGACUUGGUGAUCUGGGACAAUACGUGUGUUUUGCACAGAGCAGAAGGGGGCUCCUUCGCUGGGAAGUACCGACGAGACUUGCGAAGAACAACUGUCCACGAUGAUAGCAGCCAAGCAUGGGGGUUGAACAAGGCAGUCGAUGAGCGACCAGGCUUUGCACUGUAUGCCUUAUGA